AUGAACACUCUCCAUAUCAUCUUCGCCUCAGCAGCCACAACUCUACUCCUGAUUAUCAUAACCUUUUCAGCUCUCCUACUCAGAAUCUUCGUAGGAAAAUCUGUGAAAAACCCAAAUUACCCUCCAAUUCUUGGAACUGUUUUUGGUCAACUCUUCUAUUUCAAUACACUUCAUGACUAUUUUGCAGAUUUUGCCCUCAAGCAUCCUACUUUCAGGCUUCUUGCCCCUGAUCAAAGUGAAUUAUACACAACCGAUGUUCGAAAUAUCGAACACGUACUUAAAACCAACUUCGGUAACUACUCGAAAGGCGAGUACAACAAGGAUAUCGUGACCGAUUUAUUUGGUAACGGGAUCUUUGCUGUUGAUGGUGUUAAGUGGAAGCAGCAACGGAAGCUUGCGAGUUUUGAAUUCUCGACACGGGUGUUGAGAGACUUCAGCUGUACGGUUUUCAGAAAUAACGCGGCAAAAUUGGUCGGGGUUGUUUCCGAGUUCGCUAACGUCAAGAAAGUUUUUGAUGUACAAAAUUUGCUAAUGCGUUGCACGUUGGAUUCGAUAUUUAAAGUUGGGUUUGGAGUGGAAUUGAAUUGCCUUGAGGGAUCGAGCGAAGAAGGGGGUGCGUUUAUCAAGGCCUUUGAUAACUCGAAUGCAUUAAUAUACUGGCGAUACGUAGAUCCGUUAUGGAAGCUCAAACGGUUUCUUAACGUUGGUUGUGAAGCGGCUCUCCGUGACAACAUCAAAUCGAUCAAUGAUUUUGUUCUCGAUUUGAUCAGCAAGAGAAGAGAACAACUAGAAAAGAAUCAACACUGUAAUGAGAAGGAGGACAUACUUUCAAGAUUUCUGAUUGAGAGCGAGAAAGAUCCGCGGAUGAAUGAUCGGUAUCUAAUGGACAUAAUCUUGAACUUUAUGAUCGCCGGAAAAGAUACUAGCGCGAAUACACUUUCGUGGUUCUUCUAUAUGUUGUGCAAGAAUCCACAAGUGCAAGAAAAAGUUGUCCUAGAAAUGGAAACGAUCAUGGGAAAUGAAGGAAACGGGGCUAGAAUCGAAGAUUUUGUGGAGAAGAUAACCGAUGAAGUACUCGACAAAAUGCAUUAUCUUCAUGCCGCUUUGAGCGAAACCUUGAGACUAUAUCCCGCCGUCCCUUUGGAUGGAAGAGUCGCGGACAUGGACGACAUUCUUCCUGAUGGCUUCAAGUUGAAAAAAGGGGAUGGCGUCUACUAUAUUUCGUACGCCAUGGGAAGAAUGCCAUACAUCUGGGGAGACGAUGCUGAGGAUUUCAAACCGGAAAGAUGGCUUAAUGAUAAUGGAAUUUUCCAACCUGAAUCUCCUUUCAAAUUCGUUGCAUUUCAUGCUGGUCCGAGGAUUUGUUUGGGGAAAGAUUUUGCAUACCGGCAGAUGAAGAUCGUGUCGAUUGCUCUCCUUCGUUUCUUCGUGUUCAAAUUAGCUGAUGAAUCAAGAAAAGUGACUUAUAGAACGAUGUUUACACUUCACAUUGACGGUGGUCUUCAUCUUCUUGCGGUUCCAAGAACGUUGACGUAAGAUUGUUCAUCAACAAUAUGUACAUUGUUUGAAAGGCGUUCUGAUUUUUGGUGUAGGGUUUCAU